AUGAAAUCCCAACAGCAAGCUGGAGGUCAAAGUAACGACACUUUGUCACUCUGUACCAAGCUGGACUGGUGUCUACCGAAUGUCUUGCAGGGAGACAGGAUGAUCAAAGAGGUUGCAAAUCUCUACAUCAAUGGUGACAAGAAGAAAGGGCUAAAAAAACACAAAGCUCCUGUGCUUUGUGAGCGACCACCUACAGGUGGCAACUCCAGUAAAGUGAUCAAAAGAAUAGGGAAAAGUGACGCCAGGUUACCAUUUCUGUUAUGAAAAUGCAGACGCAGUGAUCACAUAUUAAUGAGCCAAGAUCACAUUCACGUUGGGAUUUAUAUAUACUGUUACUUGCAAUAAUCAUCCAAUAUUGCUUGUGUUUCAUAUUGCCUUUAUUUAUAAUAUUACGUUUCAUUUAUAUAUUAUGCAGUUAUAACGUUUUAUUAAAGCAAUAACUGCAAUUUAUAUAUUUAUUGUUGCACUUCCAUGUAUAAUACAGUGAAUAACUUGUUUAUAAAUUUCCAAGCCAAGAUUGAUUGUCUGUCAUGUCUGACUCUGACCGACUCAUUCGUAUCAUCUUUAAAAGAAAGGUUUCUAGUGUGAUUUUUAUUCCAUCAGUAGAUGGCGGUUGGCGGAAGGUGUAAAGAUAAUGUCGAGUUUUUUCCCGCUUCUGGCGGGGAAUUUUUUUCGCAGAAAAUGCUGGCGGAAAUAUGUGGCAGGGAAAAAAUAUAGAAUGCUGACUGGGGUUGGUCCAUUUCAUAGUUGUAAAGAUAAUGCUGGCAACACUUAUAUUACACAAUUUUCUCAAGUAUGACUACAUGUACCUUACAAAUGAAGUGUAUAUGUACUUAUUUACAGUAAUUAUUUGUGCCACUGACAAUUUGACAAACAUACAAUGGAGCAUAAUGCGGCAAUCAAUUUAUACUGUUAACAUUCCCCUGGGCAUACCCAGGGCCACCAAGAGAAUUUGACCAGGGGAAAUCAUCCUUGGGGCUGCAUGACAUCAUUAUUUUUAACCUUAGCUAGACUGCCUGUGGAGGUAUAAUAAGGGGCCCUCAAUUUCAAAAAUGAUGUGACCAAUUUAAAGAACCUCCCCAAUUUUACGCUUUUGCACUCAAGUUGGGGCCCUAUUAAGGUUGGGCAUCAGGGUAAUCCCCCCCUCUCUGUGGUCCUGGGUAUAUCCUUGGGCAUUCAAACUUUUUGAAACUCUGUAGUCAAAUUUCCUACUCCCAUGACUAAAAUUGUGUUCAAAAAAUCCCCCGAUCCCCAGAUCCUUCUGACUGUAAUUCAAGUUUCGAAUUGUGUGAAAUGUAUGCACUGAAUUCUGAAGGUAACUUCAACAUUUUAAUAAAUGAAACACUAUUAAAAAACUAUACACCUCAAGUUUCCUAAAAGCAUUUAAAGUAUACUCCAAGUCUCCAUUUUGAAUUUUGAUAAUUGCUUCAUGAAUUAUUAAUGAGUUUUUGAAUAACAUGUUGAGAUCUGCCCGAAACCCCAUAGAGUGCGCAUUUGGUUGUUUGAAAGCGCAGUGGUCGAUUCUCACAAGAAAAAUGGACCUAAAACAUGAAACAAUUCCAAAAGUUGUUUUAUCAUGUUUUGUACUCCAUAACUUUUGUGAACUUCAUAAUGAUACCAUUGAUUGAACUUGUGAGAAGUCAAGUUGCAAGAAACAGAUCGAUGGAGACUGAAUACCAAAAUGUCCCUGAUCCAGUUUAUUCUUGCACUACCAGGGAAGGUGAAGCUAUAAGGGAUGUCAUGACCCAAUAUAUACAAGUAAACCUACCUGAUAGCUACUAAAGCACCAUCAAGAGUACCACACCAUGUAAUAUAAUAUCAGACAUUCCAACUUGACAUCUCCAAAAAUCGGGAGGUCUGGUAAAGGCAAGAAAACGUUGACCUCUAGUGUGACUGGGUAGAAAAUUUAGAAAAUUUAAAGUUUCUUUCAGAAGUGCCAUUUCUUGAUUCCAAGACUCUUAAAAAUUGUCUAAUUUAAUGCUAUAAAGGUAAAGAUGGUACACUGAAGGAAAUUUGCAUGUAAUGCUGCAGUCUAAUGUUGGAACCCUUUGGGAAUCACAGAAAUUUUAAUCACCGGCUUUAAUAUUAAUAUGUAUAUAUAUAUAUAUAUAUAAUAAUAUAUAUCACUUUCCAUGCAGAAAUGUAAACUACGGUAUAUUGCAAGAAUAUUGUUUAUAUUUUAACAAAUACAGAUAACAUAAAACUAACUUCAUUUAGGAACAGUGUACAAUUAUACUGUAUUACGUAUUUUUAUGACUGUGUUCCCUGUAAUAUUUGGCACAUGUGGACUUGCACUUUUGUAGCAAUUCGUUUGAGAAUUUUGUUUUAAAACAUGGAAAAUAUAUUAACCCAAGUGAAGGCUUACCACACAGGCUAAUUUAUGGGAAAAUAUAUAAGCGCUCUUGUCAAUUAUGCUCUAGCCCCCCCCCCCCCAAGUGUCUGACAAGAGUAAUAGAUAGAUUAAAUAAAGUCGAUUAUUUCAUUAAUAGAACUGGACUACAUUAAAUGAUGUUGAAAAUACCUCUGAAGUGAUGAAUGUUGAGAAUGCAGGUGAUCAACCUGUUCAAAAGAAGUCAAAAAUGGAUUCCAAGGUUGACGAGUGUGUGGGUGAUGAACCUGUUCAAAAGAAGCCGAGAACAGAUUCCAAGGUUGUUGUUAAGUUCCAGCCUGGAAAAUCAAAAUUGGUGAAAAAGCAAACUGAGGCAAAAAUCAUGGCAGAGAGUGAAAAAUAUUUUGUUGACCAAAUGGUUGUGUUAGAGGAAAAACGAAUAAACCAAUAG